AUGCUGACCUCUAAUCGAGUUCCAGACAACGUGGAAGCCUUAGCUCGCAGCGCCCCUUGCCGCGCGCGCCAGGCGUCAGCGCUAGGUGUUCCACCCUACUUGAAGGAUUGGCUCGCCUUCUCCGCCAUCAUUGCUGCCAAGACUGGCCGGUCCCCGCAAUGGUACGCCUCAAGCAACUUCCUCGCUUUCCUCAAUACAAUGCCCAUCGUUUCGGGAGCCGAUCUGGAAUCUGUGAGAUGGUAA